UCAGCGAGUGGGCUGCUGUCGGUGUUUGAGCUGGGACAGCCGUUCUGCAGACAGCACCAGGUUUUGGAUCUCGUUCCCCCCCUGACGCUGGAGCUGUUGGGUUGUGAGAAGCUUCACACAGGAGCAUGUUUCAGCUCUCUGCAGUUGCAUUUCUGAUCUUAAUGUCACUCCAGGGAUUGUGUGGCUCCCAGAAGACUGUCAGUGUUCAGUCAUCUGGGAACAACACUGAAAAUGCAGCUAUUGAAGCUCGUAAGCAGGAGAUCAUUAAAGUGACCGAGCAGCUGAUCGAGUCCAUCAACAACGGAGACUUGGAUGAGUACAAGAGACUGUGUGAUCCGGGACUCACGUCCUUCGAGCCUGAGGCGUUCACCAACCUGGUGGCGGGGAUCGACUUCCACCGCUUCUUCUUUGACAACGCUCUGUCGAUCAGGAAGCAGCCCAUCCAGACCAUCCUGCUGAACCCUCAUGUCCACCUGCUGGGGGACGAGGCCGCCUGCAUCGCCUACACCCGCCUCACGCAGUACAUGCAGGGCCAUAUGCCUCGAACCAUGCAGUCGCAGGAGACACGUGUCUGGCAUCGCCGUGGCGGCAGGUGGCAGAACGUCCACUUCCACCGCUCCGGGUCGCCCACCGUCACCGACAAGUACGACCCCCCCCUCACGUAACACGUCUUCCUCCCCACCAGCUCCAGCAGUCAGCUGACCACGCCCCUCCUACAACCCCUCAGCCAAUCCCAGAGCUCUGCCCUCUCACUGUCAUUUCCAUAUCUCUGCUACUCAACUAAAGAUUUGUUUAUGUAAUAACUGCUCGGGGGUCAUGUUCUGGGUAUGGGUCUCUGUAAAGCGUCUAGAGACAACUCUGUUGUAUUAGACGCUAUAUAAAUAAAAUUGAAUUGAAAAAAAAUUGAAUUAAAGAUCAUUCUUAGUGUAAAACUAUCAGAUAUGUUCUUUUAUUCCCAGUCAAAGGUUAUUUUGGUUGUUAGGUUGCAUUGUUGCUGUUAAGCAGCAUCUUGAAAUUGUAGAAAUUUUAACUGUGUGUUUCAGCGGAAAAUCAGUUGUAAGAUGUUUUAUUGCCUGUUCGUUUCAGAAAUGAUGUGACAUUAGCAACAAAAAUAAAAUAUUGAAAGGCCAUUCA